AUGAUAACAACAGCAACAACGCCAACAUCAACAAUGACAGCAGCUGUCGAUGUCGGUCUUAAUUUGGUUAUUACCGAAGAGAGAAGUACCAUGAUGCAACGGAAUCAACCGGAACUACACAAUCAACAAUUCGUGUUUGUUGAUGAAAAUGAUAAGGACGAAUUACGAUUGAACAAUGAACCGACUGUACCAGAUUGGACCGAAGUUGUUCAGAUAUCUAAUAAGGCAGUAGUUAUUGAUACUAAUGGAUAUAACAAAUCGGAUGAUGAAAGUUCGAAGAAAUCUAUGAAAGUAACAGAAUCAUCUGAAGCGCCCGCAUUUGAUUUUACAAAAAUUGAAACUUUAUUUUCGAAUUCGACAAUAACUUCCAAUACUGAUAAAACUGAAUGUGUGGAAGCAAAUGGAAAAGACGAUAGUACUGAUAAAGUUAAAUUACCAAAUGAAAAGAUUAAUGUGUUGAAAAGUUUGGAAAUCGGAGAUUUGGUAUUUGGAAAUAUUGUGGCAACCGAAGUGAAUAGUAAAGGUGGUAACAACAACAAAGGCAAUCUACAACAUCGAAAUAAGGACGCACAUUCAUUGAAUGGUACUAUACGAAACAAAAAAUCAUCGCCAUCAUACGAUGAAGAAUUAACGAAAUGUUUAAAUCAUAAAGAGGAAAAAUCAAAAAUUAAAGAGAAAGAUAUUCCCUCACGUGAACGUUCAACAAGUCCAUCAUUCAAACGAUCACUUACGCCAUCACUUGAUCCGAAACUAUUAAAACAGUUUGAAGAAGAAGAUCGUCCGAAACGUGUACUGCGUUCGUCUACCGCUGCAGCAAGUAUACCAAAGAUUAUUAUUACUAAUGGUGCUAUUAUUAAGGAUAAGUCCACGAAAGUUAUCAGUCACGGUUUUACGGUGAAAAUGGCUACUACGAAAUCAGCUAGCAGGAAAUCAGUUCAGAAACAGUCAAAACGGAAAAAAUCAGGAAAGUUUCCGACUAAAUUUACUGCUGAUGAUACAUUUUCGGUAGGAAAUAUUUUCUGUCCUACACAACUGAAUGAGGGAACGAAGCGGAAAAGAUUACAAUCGAAGGAUGGUAAUGAAGAAACAAGAUUAUACAGCAAACGUUUAAAGGUUUUUUUUUACACGUACGCCGAAAUAGAUGGAUUAUUGGAUAAUGAAUUGAUGGUGACACUGAAAGGUCUGAGAAAUACCUCAAUACGGCCGCGUCAUUGGUCAGGAACCAAUAGUAGCCGAGCCAGUACUUCUAGUGGAUCGAAUGGAUUUAGAGUUAUAACAAAAAUGGGGAAAAGACGUGGUUCAUCACGAACUCGAAGGAAUAAUUGCAAUUCGAAUUGGAAACUAAUAGGAUCUCCUUAUGAAAGUUCUGUUUACAUCGAUUAUUUCUUCCAUGAAAAGCAAUCGACCAGACGAAUAUGCUAUCCACAAGCUGUGCAUUCCAAAACCGGUGAUCUCCUGAGACUUCGUGAUUCGGUACUUGUAAAUGCCAUUGGUGGCGAACCAAAUUUUGCAUUCAUUUGUCGCCUGUUCAAUGAUCAAGAAACAGGCAAAAAAUAUUUUGAAAAUUUUAAGAAUCAAAUUCAUCGGCAUGAAUUAAGAACGCCUUUGGCAUCAGUACUGUGGUAUUACACCCCAACGCAAGUUAGAAGUUCAUUAGUACCACCGGUAUUUGAGCGUGAAUUGCUUGCUUCAAAACAUAUGGAUGUUAUAGCGCUUGAUGCAGUGGAUGAAAUCAUAUGGGUACUAACAUAUAAUGAAUAUGGCCGAUUUAUGGCCGAAACAAGAAAUGAUGCAUAUCCAUUGGCGCAACGUGUAAGUGAAGAAGACUUACUAUGGAAGAAAGGUGAAGAUGAUUAUCCACGGCGGAUGUAUCUCCCACGUGAUGAUACACCAGUUGAACUGGUAUACUUCUGCCGUCGUAUUUAUGAUUGCAAACAGCAAAAAGUUGAAACGAAGAAAUUAAGGGGAAAAAGAAAUCAAAUGAAACGUUCUCGUCGUCAUUCGUGGAAUCGAACAAAAAAACAUCGUUGA